UUAUUAUUAUUAUUAUUAUCAAUAAUAUUUAUGUCUUGUAAACACAUUAAGCUAAGCCAUUGACUAGAUUUUAUAAUUAUUUGAAUUAUGUCUCUUGAGUUUUUUAAAGAAUUUCGUUAACAAUGAAUUUAAUUAUAAUAAAGUAUUAUAUUAAAGUAGUGUUAAUAGUUUUUGGAGUUCAAACUUUGUUUGUCCUCUGUGAUGAACCAGUUUGCCCAGGAAAUCGUGAUGCCAAUAAACAAUUUAUAUUCAUAAGUACCUUGGAUGGAAAAAUUACAGCAUUAAAUACUGCUGACGGUGGAACAGAAGCUUGGGAAUUUUCAACUGAACCAGGAGCAUUGUUGUCUUCUAGUAUUGACCAACUAGAGUUAUCAAACUAUGGCCAUUGGAUACGAAUGAUUCCAUCAUUGAGUGGCAGUUUGUACAAAUUUGAUGGUGAAAAUCUUGAUCGUAUACCAUUCACUGUCGAUUCUUUAUUAAAAUCUUCUUUUCGAUACAAUGAUGAUUUAUUAAUAUCAGGUGGAAAGAUAAGUCAAACAUAUGGUGUUGAUAUGAACACUGGUCAAUUAUUAUAUACAUGUGACAUGGCUCAAUGUAAUAAUAUUACAAGUAAUAGUUUCACAAACAUAGAUGGAAAUAUUUUAAUUUUACAGAGACAAACCCAAACUGUUCGAGCAUCAGAUCCUCGUACUGGAAUAGAAAGAUGGAAUUUUAGUGUUGGGUUACAUGACAUAAAAGUAAUUAUGGAUUUAAAUAAUAAUUGUCAUACUACAAAUCCUAGUGUCAAACUCGAUUUUAAAAUAAACAUUCCUAAAGGAGUUGUAACAGCAGUAGCAUUUGACAGGCCUCAAGAAGUUAUUUGGACUCACAAAUCGAAGUCCCCCAUUGUAAAUGUUUGGAAAUUUGAACACGGAAAAGUGGAAUCAAUUGAUUUAUUUAAAAGUGAUCAUAAUGUGAAUUCUAUAGAUCCUUUAGUUUAUCUUGGGAUGCAUAAAAAACAAUUGUAUAUUCAAGAAAGUGAUAAAGUAUUUGCAAUUAAUCCAACUUCAUAUCAACAAUCACUUCUUCUUGAAGAGGAAGAAGUAGAUAAAUCUAGAAUUCCUUGGAAACCAAUACCAGUUUCUAGUCAAAUAAUUUCAAAAAGUUCUUCAGCUGUACAAACUACAGAUGAUGUAUCUAAAACUACAGCUAUAUCAGUACUAUAUGCAUCAGAAUACAUCAAUGGUAAUGGUUAUUAUCUUAACGGACCAAAAAAAACAAAAAGAAUAACAGAUGGAAAGAAAUAUAAAAGUUUUAAUACUGAGAGUGAAAAUGAAACUGAAAAUAAUCAAGAAAGUAUUAUUAAAUAUGAAGAAGAGCUUGAAAUGCCAGUUGAAAUAAUUAUUGUUUCACUGUGGUAUUGGUGGAAAGAAGUAUUAUUUAUAAGUGUUAUAACAGCCAUUUUGAUAAAUAUAUUUAUUCCAUCUCGUGUAGCUCGAAUAAUUACCUUUAUUCGCAAUCAUUCAAAAAAAAAUGAAGAUGCUGAAAAAAUUGUAGAACUGAUUGAAAAUAAAGUUGAUUGCUGUAAAGAUUCUGGCGUUGAAUUGUCAUUAAACAGUAUUGUUCAAAAACAAUUACCUCCAGUAGUAGAGUUUAAAUCACGAUACUUACAAGAUUUUGAACCAAUCCAUUGUUUAGGAAAAGGAGGUUUUGGAAUAGUAUUUGAGGCUCGAAAUAAAAUUGAUGACUGCCACUAUGCCAUUAAAAGGAUACCUUUACCAUCACAAGAAGAAUCUAGAAAUCGUGUACUUCGUGAAGUUAAAGCAUUAGCAAAGUUGGAUCAUCAACACAUUGUUCGGUAUUUCAAUACUUGGCUUGAAGAACCUCCUAGUGGCUGGCAAGAAAAACUUGAUGAUGAUUGGUUGCAAAAGUCUGGUGAUAUGGAUAUGAGUAGUAAUAUAACUAGUGAAAAACAAGUUACUAAUCUUUGUCCAAAUAAACAUCAUGUUCGAGCAAAAAGUUUGUCAACAAUGAUAAUGCUUCCAGAAAGUAGUGAAGAAUUAUCUGACAUUUUAAAUAAUCCUCAUGCAUUACGAUCAUAUAAUGAUAAAAGUGAUUCAUCUUUUAUUGUUUUUGAUAGUCAAAUAACUGACAGUAAUAAAAAAGAUUGCAUAUUAGAUAUAAGUUCAGACAACUUAACUAAAGGUAGUAAACGGCGAAGACAUAAAUCUGAGUGUGAUACAACAAGUAAUGUUCAUAGUGAACGAAAGACAACUAGACAUUACUUAUACAUACAAAUGCAACUUUGCCAUAAAAAUAGUUUAAGAGAAUGGUUGAAAGAUAAUACUAAAAAUAGAGAUAUGAAGUAUAUUUUAAAUAUUUUUAGUCAAAUUAUACAAGCUGUUGAAUAUGUUCAUUUGCAAGGAUUAAUACAUAGAGAUUUAAAACCUUCAAAUAUAUUCUUUUCAUUAGAUGGCCAAAUCAAAAUUGGUGAUUUUGGUUUAGUUACAGAAAUGAUAGAAUCUGAUGAAGGGAUGACUAUACAUGAUAAUAAAAAAAAAUGGUUAAAUGAACAACACACUGAUCGUGUUGGUACACAAUUGUAUAUGAGUCCAGAACAGAUAUCUGGGAAGUCAUAUAAUUAUAAAGUAGAUAUAUAUUCUCUUGGAGUUAUAUUUUUUGAAUUGCUCAAUCCUUUUACUACUGAAAUGGAAAGGUACCAAACAUUAACUCAACUUAGAAAUUAUAUAUUUCCUCCUCAGUUUUUGAAAAAUUUUAAAAAUGAAUAUGAUUUGUUGUGCUUAAUGUUAUCACCAAAUCCAUCAUUACGCCCAACUACAUUUGGUAUUAGAGCUAGACUACCAUUGAGUACUCUUGAUUCAAAUUCAGAUCCUAUAUUAACUGAUAGCACUUAUGAAUUUGAACUAUAUAAUAGAAAAAGUAGUGCUAUUAAAGUAUUAAAAAACUAAUGAUAGUAUAUAUGUAUAUAAUUUCUU